UAGAAGCUCUGCGCUAAAGAUUUGUCGGAUGACGGUAGACGACAACAUCAACGGCAACGGCGUGUGUGAAUUAAUUUUGAUUUUAAACAAAGUGUAUUUAUUUUUAUUUGCUAUCUGCCAUCACUUUCUCUCAUGUGUUGGAAUAUACCAGAAGUGCGUGAAACAGAAAGAGCUUUUCCCCAUUUGUAUACAUUUUCAUAUAUUUCCUAAUUAAGUUUAUAAUUAAAAUUAAUUGAAAAAUUACAUAUGCUUAAAUGCUUUCCUAAGUGAACAAUAAAUAAGAAUGAAUGAGAACAACAUUAGUGACCAGUAUGGAUGGUGAAUACGUGCAUAUGAAUGACGAUAAAAGAUAAUCGAGAAGUACAAAACAAUCUAACUAAAGCGGAAAAGCGCUCGGAUACUACAAGGUGAAAUGGCAACUCUCUUCCUGUUAUCUGCUUAGAAAAGGCAAAUCAUUCUGCUUUACCGCCGCGGACAUUCCUAUUCAAAAUACUUAAAACGUACACCCAUCACAAUAAUAACGAUAUACCAUAUACCUUACGAAAGCCAUAACAAAACAGUGAAUGAACGCGAGCGCCAGAGGCAGCUUAAUGUUUUAAUAAUGUUGACAGAGAGUGGACGAAAAAUAAGAGCGGCAUUGUUUUGAGCUCCAUUCGAAUAUGUGAAAUAAAUGUAGAUCUAAGACGUAAGAAACAAGUCACAACAGAGCGGCGACAAAGGCAGAGAGCCAAAUAGCAUAAAAAGGCGAUAGCCACCAAAGCACUGGUGCCCCCCAUGAACAACCUACCAUACAUGUUCUCACAUAGCCCCAUGCCCAAAAACAAUAAUGAGGGCAAUAAUCAUACCAACUACUACCACCACAGCGAUGAGCAUUACUGCGAGAGCACGAUGAGCUGCUAACAUUGCUGGGACACAUUUUGCUGUCUAUGCCAUACUCGAAGCGUUUGAAAUUGGCGUUACGUUACCCAGUGUCAGUCUUUGUUCAGCACAGUGACGGCCGGUGUGACGGUAUACGACGUUUAAGGGUUAAAAUUUUAAAAUAAAUUUAUUUGAGCAACACCCCUUUGCGGCCGGCGAGAUCUGUGAGUAUGUGGUGGCUUGGCACAAAGUCGACAUCGCUGCCUCCGUCAUAAUCGUAGCACGUUUUCCUUUACUGCCUAUACGACAUGGUGCUGUAAAAACGCAACAAAACAUCUUGUAAAAUCUACGAAUUUUGCGUGUAUUUUCUAUUCGAUACAGUGUGUGGACUCGCCUACCCAAAUAUCAAAUUGUGAGCACCGAUAGACACACAGGAGGACAGACAAACGUCUUACUUCGUAAGCGAGUGUUGCUAUCGUUAACUUGCCUGCUGCCCUGACUGCUUGUUUGCCUGCCUGCCUGUUACGCGCAAUCACGACGAAGGAAGAGGAAGCCGACGGUAAAAAAGAGGAGUAGAUCUGGAGGUAGAAGAAAACUCGUAUAUGAGUGAGCAAGUGAGUGUGAAAUGAGAAAUCAAAAUCCUCAAAACUGUCGCUGCCUGCCAAUUGCUAACUGCUUCCUUUAGUAAAUCCAGACAAAUUCACAUUUAGUUUGAGAUCGGUGUGGUUCGGUGCGUGACGACGUUAGUUCAAAAGUGACUUGAAAUCAUUUUUCGUUUCGAUUUCGAUUGAUUCAGUGUUCAGUGGUUAACAAGAAAAAAAAAACACUGCAAAAUUAUUAGAGAAAACUUGUACCCAUACUAGAUGUGCAGUAUAGCAGGUCGACAGUUGCUAGCAGGUAAACGGCUAAAGUAAUAAAAACGUGCAGGAAAGUAACUAUUUGGGAAACGUAAGAAAAGCGAACAACAUCACUUAUGUACAUACAUACAUGUGACACGGACUUCAGCAGUAUAAACUACAUGCUAUUGUAACAAUACUGAUAGACGAUUUUUACUGAAAUUGAAGGAAAUAAAACUCUUCCGAAGAAUUUCAAUUCCACUAUCUGGAGCGGUAGGAGUAAGCAUAUGUAUAUACAUAAGUCGCAGCUGUGACACUGAGCGCUAAAAUUUUAAAUGACAAUCUAGAGAUAGAAAUGCAAAGCAUAGGCAGGUUUGGCUAGCUCGCAGCCUAUACAAAAUUAGAAGAAAAGCUAGAUAACAUAGAUACAUGUGCAUGAAUAUUUACAAAAGCGAGAAUAUAAAAAGUUAUCUGUACACAGCUAGUAAAAAGGAAUGUAAUAAAAUACGACAACCACCACAGAAAUUUUAAAGAAAUUAAAAAGGAAACAUUAACGCCAGCACAAAGUUGUAAGGCAAACAAUAACUAAAGUGCCAAGCAAACGGAAAGAAAACUAAGAAAAUUAAAGUGAAAAUCCGCCUAAAACACGCUGCUCGCCUGCCUGACUGCUUACCUAUUUGUCUGCUACUUGCACGCCUGGCCGCGGUCGGACGACCAACAGACGCAUCAGUCUAGUGGAAAUAGCGAUAGCAGCUAGGCAUAGCCACAUACAUGCACAACUGACGCGCGUCGGAAUGUCGAGGCAAAGCAAUUUUCGUAAAGAGAAGAGUGUCGAAAGAAAAUUCAUAAUUUUUAAUAUUUAAAAGAAAACCAAACCGAACCGAACCCAGUCACAGAGAAAAGCAAAGAAAAUUGAGCGAAAAUAGAUAGAGCAGCAGUAGUGGAUAGAAAUAUCUGCACAAGAAAGUGCAAUUGAAUAUUGAAUAAGCAAAGCGUGUACUCAAACCAAACGCUAGACCAAGGCGGGGCAAAGGAAACAAAAACACAAUCAGAUAUACAAGCAUACAUGUGUUGUUAAUUCAAAAAGUAAAAUCGAAAUAAUGCGACGUAUGGGGUAUUUGUGUUUGUAUUAGUGUCUGUAUGUACAUGUGUAUGUAUGUACGUGUUGCGUAUACGCAUAAAACAUGCAAAGUGUUGUUACAAUAUAAGUUAAUUAAUUACCAAGCAAUAAGACAAUAUAUGACGAGAGUGAGAGAGACGAUCUGUGUAAAGCAAGUCUAAAAUCGUAUGAAACCCUUAAGGGUCUAUAAUUUAAAAAAAAGUCUACGAGCUUCCUAAAAAAGGAAGAUCCAGAAAUUAUGUGCCAUUUUUGUAAACCAAUUUAACCAGUCAAACAAAAAAUAAAAUAAGAACAAAAACACACUAAUAAUCGAAUAAUAUAAUUAGAAAUUAAGUAAUUUAAAGAAAUAAAGCAAACAAAUUUACAUAAAGCAAAUACAAGAAGAAUAGUGAAAUAUUGAUUUCCUACACUGAAAAGAAGCUUUAAAAUUUCAAUAUCUAAAAUAGAAACAACUACCACGCUUAGUUGUUGAAAUCGUCAAGGUCGGUGGAAUUAUUAACAGUAUUAUUAACACGUUAACACACAACCUUCCUUCUUCCGCCGCGAAAGCGCAUAAACGUAAAAUUCCCCCAACACUCGUGUCCCCCACAACGUCAACAAUACAAUACUAAGCCAACUGUAAACUAACUAAACAACUGAGUACCACACAGCGUGCAAACACGUCACAUCAACUCACGAGACUAGCAACGCGCGAAGGGUUGCAAAGCGAGCAGGAGAGCAAAUCCGUGUAGUAUCGACGCAAACGUAAAGUGUCUUCGUUUGAAAUAAGAAAAGAUGUCUUGCAUAUCCAAUAAUUUUAGUUCUUUCUUCCUUAAUUCCCUCAACGAUUCAUCCGAGUUUGCGAAGUAUUUAAGCAAUGGCGAACUCAAGUUUUCGUCCUUCGAGGAUUUUCAAGUAUUUGGCUCGAGUGCGGGUUCAAGCACGCCACCGCUGCCACCACCAUCAGCUCAGCAGGCGUCAGCGUCACAGCAACAACAGUAUUACAAUGGUGUUAGUAACAGCGUCAACAACAAUAACGUAAGUGCUGGCGCCAACACGACGGGGGUGCAAAGUGGCGGAGAACUAUUUAACGGUGCGAGCCAAACGAAUGCCGUCGGUAAUUGUGCCCAAAAUUCAUCUGAAGCGUCAAAUGCGUCAGCGAUAACGCCUGCGACCGCUCCUAAUUUGGCACCGCCAGGCAUCCAACAGCUGCAACAUGGCUCCCAUUUGCAUGUAACACAUCACACGCAUCCUUCUCAUGUGCCACAUUCGCAUCCACAUGCUCAACAUCCUUAUGGCGGUCAUGCGCCUCACCCAACCGGCAACCUCGCUACCAAUGCCUUUCAUCAGGAUCACCUCGCUACACCACACCUUCCACACGGGCUGUCGACACCUGCGACGCAAAGCUAUCCCACUACUCCACAACGUUGGUCUAGUGCCGUAACUGCAAAUCCAAUGGUCACCGCGUCACCCGGCACACCACACACACUACCACAGUUGCAUAGCAAUAAUCAGCCGGGUACGCCUAUCGCCGCUAGCCCAGGAGCAGCACAACACUUUGAUGGUUCCUUUGAAUUCCUAAAGUACCUGCGUCACUCUAACGAUUACAACAGCGAAGGUCAAAGUGACGCCGGUAGCCAUGCAACAGUGCAAGUUAGUCAAUCACAAUCAUCGGCGUCCAGUUUGAUCGACUUGGAUAGCAGUACGACACACAAAUCUCGCUCUUCACGUAAAGCAGCCGCUUUGUUGUCCUCCGUGUCGCGCGCUUCCAAUAGUCUCGAUGCCACUACAUUGGAUGUAUUCGAUCAUGAUUCAAAGCACACCAUCUUCGAUAUGCACCAUAUUACGGCCACUAAUAGCUCCAACUCGAAUGAGUCUUCUCUAGAGGUAUCGAAUUUGCCCUUCCCCAACUCGCACCUAAAUGCCUCCAACUCGAAUACUUCUUCUGAAGGCGCUGCUACAGGCAGUUCUGACUUUACAAUGCUGCAGUCAGGUUCUGCGGCUAGUGCACCCAAGCCCUUGGCUGCCUUUACCAUCAAAGACAACUUCGAUGUGCAUCCAUCGCACAAAGUAGAGGAAGGUAUCUUUCAGCACAUGAAUAAAUUGCCAGCGAAGAAAAAGGAGAAUUUAAAGCAACUGGGAGUACGUUUUACCGGGCAAAUGACGCUGGCAGACAAAUCGAUAGUCGUCGAAAACUUUAUCAAGUUUUGUCAGGAAUAUGACAUUCAGGACCAUCGGCCAUUUCUUUCACUCAAUCAAAGUGGCUUAAACAAGGCAGACCAAAUUAAAUUUGCUCGUUAUUUGGGGCAAGGACUACCAACCUUUACGCUUUUUUGCAUUUAUAGUAAUUUCAAAAAUCUUUUCUGCACCAAACGAACAGAAAUAUACACAAAAGAUGGUUACAAUCUGCCUUAUAUACUGGACAAAACGAAACGAUUCCUAUCGAAUACUACAGCAGGUAAUGCUUCCAGUAAAAGCAAUCCAUGCGUGCCACAAUCACAACCACAAUUGCUACAAUCACAACCGUUACAACCACAACCGCUGCAAUCACUACCGUUACAACCACAACCGCUACAAUCACAACCGUUACAACCACAACCGCUGCAAUCACUACCGUUACAACCACAACCGCUACAAUCACAACCGUUACAACCACAACCGCUACAAUCACAGUCAUUACAAUCACAACCGUUACAGCCGCAACCUUUACAAUCACAAUUUCCAAAAACACCACAAACACAAUCACAUCCACAGUUACUGUUACAAGCACCACCUCCACAACUUCCACCGGGCCACUUCCAUCAGCUGCAACAACAACACCAGCAACCUUUACACAUCCCGAUGUCAAUGUCAAGAGGUUUAUCCAAAUGAUUUUGAUAUUAACAUUUAUGUAAUUCGUAAUCGAAUAAGUUGGAAAAUUAGUUAAUCAAAACUAUAGUAGCGUUAAAUCUGUAAAAUAUGCAUUAGAAAAUAUGUAUUAUAUAAUAUAUGUAUUACGUUAUUUCCAAUUUUAUUUGAUUAUUUUUUCAAGCUAAAAUCCUCCUUCAAAUGUGCACGUAGAUUAAGUACUGGGUGGUCCAUCUAGCGUUUAGUAUUUGAACUAUCGAUUUUUUGACUUUGACAGCUAAAAUAAUAUCCGUGAUGGGUCGUAAAUUUAGUUAAGGGUUAGGCAUUUACAAAAUCUAGAAACAAUAACGGAAAAACCACAGACCCAAACAAUAACCAAACAUUAAGCGAAUAGUUUCAUAGCAGUUUCGUGAGUACCAGCAAAACUUUUAUGACUGAUGACGUUAAAAUCGAAAAUAGGAUAAUCAGCUUAAUCGGUGAUGUUAAUUGGCCGACCAGAAGUUGCGUUUUGAUUCAUUAGAUUAAUUUUUGUGAGUCGGUUCAAGAUUACAACAUGGUAAGAUGCAUACCUACAGUGAUGGACAAAAGCUUCCGCCAUCACACCAUAUUAAUGUAAAAGCAUCGAGUAUAGGAGUAAAAUUCAAUAAAUAUCAGUUUCUUUAAAAUAGUAUUAAAGGCACAUAUUUCAAAUCACAAAUUCGUAGAUUUUAUUUGUUAAAAAUCUUUCAAAUAAUUCAAAACAUCGAAGCACUUCACUUUAUGUCUGGACAAAAAUAUUGGACACUUGGACGCGUAGUAUUUCGGCCGGUAUUUUCCGCCAUUCUUCUAAAAUAACAGCUUUUAGUCGAUUUUGGAUGUUAUAGUAUACUUUCUUAACCUUUUCUCAAGCUCGUCCCAUAAUUCCUCGAUUGAGUUAAGGUCAAGCGAUUGGGAUGUGUUUUUAUUUGCGGAACGACUUAUAGUAUCCAAAGUCGCACUAUUUCGGCGGUGUGUUUCGGAUCAUUGUCGUGAUGCAGAUAUAAGUUAUUGCCUAAGCUCAAUUUUAUUGCUCUUUUAUUUAAGCUUUCCUUCAAAAUAUUCAAGUAGUCUUCUUUUUUCAUUGUAUUUUAGUGGCUGCUAGAUCACUUUGGCAUAUUCUUGCAUUAUAAUCUGCUUUAUUCAGAAGCCUAUGUGAAUGAAAUGACCUCAUUGUUAUUUUUUUCCGAAAUGGUUGCUGUUUUUUUUUUUGUGAGGAACUGGUUUUAUGCUCUUUUCCACAAAACUAAUAAUUCUGCGCUUGUCGACAAGUGAAAGUUUGAAUGCUCUUCCGCUUUUUGGCGCCUCAAAACACUUUUACAUAUCUCCUUAAUGCUUUUUCAAUCUUAAAAAAAAAUUUUCAAUAAUUUCGCUUUCUUCAGGAGUUGUAUUUUUACCACCCAUUUUAUUUCAAAAUGCAAAGUUUUAAUGUUUCGAAUUAUUUAAAAUUUAAUUUUAAUAAUUUUCUCUACUAAUAUUCAAUGACGUCUUCCCUACUAUAUGGUUUCUCAUUCAGUUUUAAAGAAAAUAAUUUUAUUGCGUUUUAUUCCCAUAUUCUACGCUUUUAUGUUCGUAUGAUGUGAAACUUUUAAUCCUUUUUAAACUUUUGUCCAGCACUGUAAGUGCCAAAACUCGCAAAAAUGUGCCGAAAAACGAAUUUAACAGAAUGGGCUACGCUGCAAGGUUUACUCUUUUUAAUAAAAAAAUAUAUAUUAGGUGUGCAACUAAGUUCUCGUCGUUUUUUUUAUGAAAAUACUACUUUAUUCUGAAAAAAUGGUUACAAGUGAAUCAUUGAAAGUAUUGCCCAUUUCAUUCCAUUUUUCAUCACCCGUCACAAUGCGAUGAAGAAAACCCUUCCUUUUUUGCCGCUGGAGCAGUUGCUCACAGGCGAAAAAACGACACUCAACAUCCCUUGGUUUUAACUCAUACUAAUACUGAAGCAAGCUCUUCUUGCGUUUAACACGGAUCCUCAUUGAGCAAUUGCUCCAAUUCAGCGUCUUCGAAAGUUUUUGACCUUCCUUCACGCGGACGGUCGUCAACAUUAAAAUCACCGUAUUUGGAGCGACAGAACCAAUCUCGGCACGUUGUUUCACUUAAAGCAGCAUCUCCAUAAACUUUUUGAAACUUUUUGAAAAACUUCUCGCAAAUGACGAUUAUUCGGCACAAAAUCAGACAUUUUCACAAAACCAAAAGUAUAUGAUACCAAAACAAAAUCACUAAUGUGUGGAAGCAGUUUGUUUACCAUACGUCUAAGCUUGGUUUAUGACGUUUAGGUUAUGUUAAUCGACUAGCACACACUGCUGGCGGCAUCUAUUGAGCUUAGUUGGGGAAACUUAGUUGCGAACCUAAUUUUGUAUGCAUCUUUUAUUUACAACCGAAUUAAAUUAAAUUUCGUACGUUAGCUGGGCCACUAUACAGAGAUGGACAAAAAAUCAAACUUAACUAUAUUAUUCUGUGACUUUUCCUCAGUAAUUGAACAAAAUUAAAAUAAAAUUAAUUUUACAAUACUCCUUGAAGAAUUAGAACUUUAACUAUCUUUUACAUAUUUUUCUACAUACAGUUAAAUACAUACUACAUCCAUACACACAUAAUAGACUAUAUAUAAACAUAUAUAUAUGCCAUGUUAUUCCGUUGAAAGAGAUUAUUUAAAUUUACUUAGCUAUAAAAUGUAUAGUCCGUGUAAGCACUUGCAUUUUUACAUAAGUACACAUGUUUUAUGUAAGUUUUCAACUGCAUGUUCAUAUCUAUACACAUGCAUAUACAAAUAACAUGCUAAAUGUGUGUCCUAAAACGAUUAUUCUUAUGUGUUUAGAAUUUAUGUGUUUUUUGUUUUUGUAAAAUGUAUUAGCAAAAGGAGAUUAUGAAGAUUUUUUUUAAUCAAAAUAUUAUUUGUCGAAAAAAACAUUGAAUCUAAAAAUGCGUUUCAUUGAAGUGAACACUUGUAUUUGCAAAACUUAAUUAGGUGGAUAAACUUAAUAGAAUUA